UUGACAUUUUAGUUUUUAGAAAAUUUGACACAUAACCUUAAAACAUGAAGUAAUAUUCAGGAAUUGAUGUUAUCGUGAUGUUAAAAGACAGAAGUCAUUAUUUAUUAUACAAAAGAUGGCAAAGUAUAUAGCUCAAAUAAUCGUUCUCGGUGCCCAGGUCGUAGGACGGGCCUUCGCCCGAGCACUAAAACAAGAGUUACGUGCGUCGCAGGAGGCCGCUAAAAGGGCUGGAGGAGGUCCCGAAGGCGCUAGGAGAGCUGCAGCCAACGCUUCAACCGGACUGACAUUAGAAGAAGCUAUGCAAAUCCUUAAUAUAGAAAAGUUAGACUCUGAAAAAGUAAAGAGCAACUAUGAACAUCUUUUUACUGUGAACGACAAAUCAAAGGGUGGCUCUUUUUAUUUACAAUCAAAAAUUGUUCGAGCUAAGGAAAGAUUAGACACAGAAUUUAAAAGCAAUCAACCUAAAGCAGAACAAAGUCAAUCCAAGGACACAUCUUGAAAAUUCAAUGUUUAACUCAUCCACACUGGAAUAUGCAUAUUACUGGAGUGUGCAUAUGAACUGAAUUCAAGUACACUGCAUAGACACUAAGUAGAGUAUGGGUGUGGAUCUGAGUUUACAUUUCUAGUUUUGUUGUAUGUUGUACAUAGAUGCUGUAUUAGUAAUUAUUAAAACAAGUUUACCUUCUAAAAUAUUUUAUUAUGUAGAAAAUGGACACAAUAGUGACUAGAAUACAUCAGUCUUUAUAUACCUACUAUAAACAUGAUUAUGUUGUUGUUACAUUAGAAUACAUUCUUAGCUGUAAAUCCCAAUGGAAAUAAUUUUGCGUAAGCAUGAUAACAUGAGAAUCAAAUAAAAAUAGCUAAGCAUUACAAUUC